AGAACAGGGCCCUAUGUCGCGCCUUUUUUUUUAACGGUAAGGAGAAGAACCCUAACCGAACCUAAACCUUUACGAUUUUUUUUGGUCAUGUCGCGCCUAUAAUAGACUCAUUUUAUAUCAUAUUAUGUUCGUGUCGUAUCUAACUAACUUUUAUACCGGCCCGAUCCAUAUCCAGCUCUAAGAUCAGCCCAAAGGCCCCAAACCCACGCUAAAUUGAACUACUACGUAUUUACUGCGGAGAAUUAAAAGCGGAACUUAUAAAACAGGUUUUCUGUUUAGUUGGAGUACCUCUUACAAAAAAAAAAUUCGAAGAAAUUAUACAAAACUAUAAAACCCGAAAAUCACAAAAUAAAAACCCCACCUUUCUCUCUCUCCUCAACUCCGAAAAAUUAAACUUCCGUUGCAGAGUAUGAAGCUAUAAACCAUAACUUUCCAAUUUCAAUGGAAAUUCAUCGUCUUUCCUAAAUUAAUUCCUUUAAUUUUCGAAAAUUAUCAUCUUCUCCAUUGAUUUAUUCAAUUCGACCUUCGAAUUUCUGCAUCAAUGGAGGUCGAGGAAUCCUCAAUUCCUCCCAAUCACAAACUAUGCGGAUUCCUCACAACAGUUCUAUCAUCAACCAACCCCCAAUCAAAAACCCUAGAAUUCGGCAAUCAUCUCCAAUUCUUCUCCCACAAAUCUGAAUUCGGAUUCAAAUCAAAUUCCGGCGUAAUUCUCUCUCCUCUCCCUUAUUCCGGCCACCGCAUUGAUGCGGAUGAUUCGAAUUCGACGCCGGAAACGACGUCGGCGAAGAAGAGGAAGGGAAAAUUGAAGAACGCGAAGAGUCCGAAGAAGGUUGGGAGUGUGAAUGGGAAUGGAAUUGUGAGUGUUGUUCAUCAAUUGAAGACAUUGAUGAAAUGUAAUUGCUUGAAAAUUGUUGCCAGAAUUGUUGGAAUUUCGAUUCGAGAAGAUGAGAAAGAUGAUGGUUGUGAAAUUAGGGUUGCGAUUUUAGUUGAUGUGUAUCUUCCGAUUGAAUUGGAGUUUGGUUGGCAGUUUCCUAAGUCUGCCACUACUGCUGCUUCCCUCUUUCGCCAUUUGAGUUGUGAUUGGCGGGAACGGACUUUGAUUUUAAAGGAUGGAUAUUGUAAUGAUGUGGUUGGAGACGAUAAGGGUUUAUGGAAUCUAUCUGACUGUCAAAUUCUUGGAUGUAAGCAGCAUUCUGACAUUUCUGAUUCUUCUAAGAAAAAGGGAUUUGAGUUUCAUGAGAUAUUUAAGAGCUUGCCUAGUUUGUCUGGUGACGUGAAAACAUAUUCUUCAAGAAUAAUGCCUGAGGAUAUGGCAUCUGCAUCUGGAAUUUGGGAUCUAACUGAUGAUAUUGUGGAAAAGAUUAUCUCUCUUCUGCGUCCGAUAGAUAUUGUGAGGGUUUCUGCUACAUGUCGUCAUUUGAGGAUCUUGUCUGUAUCGAUUAUGCCAUGUAUAAAGCUCAAGCUUUUUCCACAUCAGCAAGCUGCUGUUGAGUGGAUGGUGCAACGUGAGCGGAAAGUUGCUACUUUACGUCAUCCUCUGUAUUUGGAGUUCUUAACUGAAGAUGGUUUUGCGUUUUACAUUAAUAUUGUGUCUGGUGAAAUAGUCACGGGAUUUGCUCCAACAAUAAAGGAUUUCCGUGGCGGAAUGUUUUGUGAUGAACCUGGACUUGGUAAAACUAUUACUGCUCUCUCUCUUAUUUUGAAGACCCAAGGAACACUGGCUGAUCCACCUGAAGGUACUGAAACAAUUUGGUGCUCACAUAAUGGUGAUCAGAAAUAUGGCUACUAUGAGUGCAGUACUGGUAGUAGAUACACUAAUGUAGUUGUUCCAUCCUCAGAACAAAAAAGUGCGAGUCAGGGUGAUCGAAGAGGCCAGUUUUCUCCUGAUGAACUUAUUCCAAAGAAUCAAUUUACUCCAAAGAGGGCUAGUUCUGGUGGGCUGAGUACAUCAUCCAUGGCUCAAACAUCAUCUGUGCUUUCACCCUCGACACUGACGACUUGCUUUGUUCCCUGCACCAGGAGCUUGAAUCGUGUUAAGAGAAAUCUUAUGCAUACAUAUGAAAAAACUUCCUCUUAUCCUGUAGAUAAUAAUACAGGUUCAGGCAAAAGACAUAGAACUUCAUAUCCUUCUCCAAUUGCUAGCAAGAGGCGGAGGAAAGUUUCGGAGGAUCAGUCUGUGAUAUCUAAUGAAACUUGGAUUCAGUGUGAUGCUUGUCAGAAAUGGCGUAAACUCUCUGAUGAAAGUUUAGCUGAUUCCACAACUGCAUGGUUUUGUAGUUUGAACUCUGACUUUUUGUAUCAGAGUUGUGAUGCUCCUGAAGAGUCAUGGGAUUACCAGCAACCUGUUACUUAUUUGCCUGGAUUUUACGGCAAAGAUUCUACUGGAGAAUUGCCUCAAAAUGUGGCGUUCUUCACUAGUGUGUUGAAGAAGCAUUAUGCUUUACUCAAUUGUCAGACCAAGAAGUCUUUAAAAUGGCUUGCUAAACUUCCAUAUGACAAACUCUUGGAAAUGGAAACCGUUGGAUUGGCUGAUCAUGGUCAGCUGAGUUCAAAACAUAAUAAUGUAUUCAUUAAAAUAUUUCUAGAAUUUGGUCUUGUGAGGAGGGUGGUGCAGGGUGCUUAUCGGUGGUUUUACCCCAAAGCCCUAAAAAAUUUGGUCUUUGAUUUGCCUGCUCUCCGAAUUGCUCUUUGUGAGCGGUUAGACUCAUUCAGAAUGUACUUGUCACGGGCUACACUCAUUAUCGUUCCAUCAAAUUUGGUUGAUCACUGGAAUUCGCAGAUUCAGAAGCAUGUGAAACCCGGGCAAUUGCGAGUAUAUGCCUGGACAGAUCUUAAGGAAAAGAAGCCUUCUGUUCACAACCUUGCAUGGGAUUAUGAUGUUGUCAUAACAACCUUUAGCCGGCUCAGUGCUGAGUGGAAACCGAGUAAGAGAAGUGUCUUGAUGCAAAUUCAUUGGAUGAGGAUCAUACUGGAUGAGGGACACACUCUGGGAAGCAUAAACUUGACCAAUAAAAUGCAAAUGGCUGUUUCCCUGUGUGCUUCAAAUCGUUGGAUAUUAACGGGAACUCCUACUCCAAAUACUCCCAGUGGUCAGAUUUCUCAUAUUCAAUCUAUGUUGAAAUUUCUUCAUGAUGAAGUAUAUGGAGAAAGUUGCAAGAACUGGGAAGCUGGUAUCCUGAAGCCUUUUGAGGCACAGAUGGAGGAGGGUAAAUUGCGUUUAUUGCAACUAUUGGAAAGGUGUAUGAUUAGUGCUCGUAAAGCGGACUUACGAUGCAUCCCUCCUUGUAUUAAGAAAACAACUUUUCUUGAAUUUACAGAGGAACAUGCAAAAACUUAUAAUGAACUCGUUGUUACAGUUCGGCGAAACAUUUUAAUGGCAGAUUGGAAUGAUCCUUCUCAUGUUCAAAGUUUGCUGAACCCGAAGCAUUGGAAAUCAAGGACUAAAACUAUAAGAAAUGUUAGGCUUUCUUGUUGCGUGGCUGGGCAUAUGAAAGUAUCACAUGCUGGUCAUGAUAUUCAAGAAACAAUGGAUAUCUUAGUGCAAAAUGGUCUUGAUCUUCUUUCAGAGGAAUAUUCUCGUAUACGAUACAACCUUUCAUAUGGUGGUAACUGCCAGAGAUGCAAUGAAUGGUGCCGCCUGCCUAUUGUUACACCAUGUAGGCAUCUUUUAUGCCUUGAUUGUGUUGGUUUGGAUAGUGAAAGAUGUGCUUUCCCUGGUUGUGGCUAUUUGUAUGAGAUGGAGAGUCCUGAGAUACGAAGUAGACAAGAAAACCCAAAUCCAAAAUGGCCUGUCCCAAAAGAUCUCAUUGAGUUACAACCUUCAUAUAAGCAGGAUAGCUGGGAUCCAGACUGGGAAUCAACUUCUAGUAGUAAAGUCACAUACCUUGUUCAGAGGCUUAAAGAAAUUCAAGGUGCUAAUAGACAAAAGGAUAGAUCCAUGACUGAGGAAAAUUAUGCAGAAAGACCUUGUGACUUCAUUAUAUCUCAAGGACCGUGUUGCAAACCAAGCAUUGGUUCUUCUGAGGCUCCUUCUGAGAAAGUUAUUGUAUUUUCCCAGUUUCUUGAGCACAUAAAUGUAAUUGAACACCAGCUGGCUAUCGCCGAUAUCAAAUUUGUAGGAUUGUAUAAUCCUUUGAAUCUCUUUAAAAAGAAGAAGGCACUCACCAGCUUUCAAUAUGAUCCAAACUGUACGGUGCUUGUGAUGGAUGGAAGUGCUGCACUUGGUCUAGAUUUUAGCUUUGUUACCCAUGUGUUUCUAAUGGAGCCAAUUUGGGAUCUAAGUAUGGAGGAUCAAGUGAUUAGUCGCGCUCAUCGUAUGGGUGCAGUGCGUCCUAUUCAUGUUGAGACCUUAGUGAUGCGUGGUACUAUCGAAGAGCAAAUGCUGGAGUUCUUGCAGAAUGCUGAUGAGUGUAGAAAAUUAUUGAAGGAAGACCAUGAGAAAACUGAACAUGAAGGAGCUCGAGCACACCGAUCAGUACAUAAUUUUGCGGAGAACACUUAUUUGGUUCGCCUGAGCAUGGUGCGAACAAAGGAUUAAAUGUAAGUUCUCAUGCCCAAGAAGGAGAAAGGAGCUUGGCGAUUGUUCCUGAUGUAAUUGAAUUUUUUUCGGAUUUUAUUUUUAAUUUUUGUAGAGUUUUGAUUCUUUUCAGAGCAUAAUGAAAUACUCUUUUCACUCUGAUAAUUUGAUUUAUCGAAUAUCGAUUUGUCUUGUAAGAUUUUGGUAGUUUGAGAAUAAUUUUGUAUAUAAGAUGGUUCCCUGCCUUAUGGCUUUAGGUAGGAUGAAAUUCUGAUAUUUUGUAGAUAAGAUUCCCCUCUGUUA